UCCCACACUUGCAUUUACUCCCCAAACCCUAACCGAGCACAGCUCAUUUUCUCCCAACUCUCCUCUUCGUCCUUCCCCGCCUCCGACCAGCACUUUUCUCUCUUCUCCUUCUUUCUCGCUUCCUUAUCCUUCCAAACCCUACUCUCUCUCUCUCUCUCUCUCUCUCUCUCUCUCUCAGUUUCUAGUUCACCAACCUAGAGAAAAUCGAGAGCUCCGCUGCUCCGAUUCAUUUCGCAGAGACCGAGGGAUUCGAGGUUGGAGAUUUCCCGACGGUGAGUUUGAAUUCGGAAUUGGUGGGGAAGCUGGAGUCGGCUCUUGGGGUUUCGCUGGGAGGCUCGGUGACGGACAUGGCGGUGGUGAUAGCGACGACUUCAAUUGAGUUGAUAAUUGGGUUUUUGGUGGUGUUGUGGCGGAGAUCGUCUGAUAAGACUAGUCAGGUGGUGAAGCAGCUGGCGGUGCCGCUUAAGGAGGAGGAAGAUGAGUUUGAGGUUGCGUCAGGCAAGACUAGGGUGACUAUUUUCUCCGGGACUCAGACCGGCACCGCUGAAGGUUUCGCCAAGGAUUGGUGGAUCUGGUAUGGAUCUCAUAAGCAAAGCAAGGGACCUGUUAGGAGAGGCAACAAUAUCUUGGUACUGGAUGCAAAGCCUCUUUUGAAGGAGGCCCUUCAAGCCGAAGUUGGACUGCCAGUGGAUAGGGACAUCCCAUUAAUAGGCUUCAUUGGUAGGCUAGAGGAGCAGAAAGGUUCAUAUAUUCUAGUGGAAACCAUUCCAGAAUUGGCAGGAGAGAAUUUGCAAAUAAUAAUCCUUGUUCUUACCGAGGGUAAACAAAAGGAUGUACUUAAAGUUGCCGGUGCAUUGUUUUCACAUAUUUGUGAGGUUUAGGCAAGGUUAAUGUGCAUCACAUUUAUGGACAAGUAUCGUGGGGGUUAAUGUUGGGAUAGAAUGACUUUGUUGGAUAUAUGGAUGAAUGUAUCGAAUCUUUACAUAAAUAAAUGUGUUUUGGGUUGUCAUUUGGAUCCCAUAUAUGCAUAA